AUGACUGACACUAAGCGACCAAGAGUCUACUUCGACGUCAAUGUUGGCGAGAAAGUACUCGGUCGGAUCGUGUUUGAGCUAUUCAACGAUGUGGUACCAAAGACCGCUGAAAACUUCCGAGCUCUCUGUACCGGUGAGAAGGGCACUGGCAAAUCUGGCAAACCCUUGAGCUACAAAGGCUCGAUAUUCCACCGUGUAAUCAAAUCCUUCAUGAUACAGGGUGGUGACUUUACUGCUUUCAAUGGUACAGGAGGAGAAUCAAUAUACGGCGAGAAGUUCGAUGAUGAAAACUUUGAGCUCAAGCAUGACAAGCCUUUCCUCCUUUCCAUGGCCAACUCUGGUCCCGGCACCAAUGGCUCCCAAUUCUUCAUUACGACCGUACCUACUCCACACCUCGAUGGCAAGCACGUAGUGUUUGGUCAAGUGAUCAAUGGAAAGAAUAUAGCCAGGGAAAUCGAGAACAUGCGUACACAAGCAGACAAGCCAAACGAGGAUGUUAAAAUCGUGGACUGUGGACAGCUCGAAGGUGCUUCCUUCGACGCCGCAACCGAGAAAGCUCCAGAUGCUACAGGCGAUCCGUACGAAGACUUUCCAGCUGAUCAGGGUACAGACAUGAGUGGAGAGGAACUGCUCAAGAUCGCAUCUGAACUGAAGGACUUCGGUAACAAAGCCUUCAAGGCUGGGGACGCUGAAACGAGUAUCGAGAAAUACCAGAAAGGCCUUAGGUAUCUGACUGAAUACACAAACCCAUCCGAGGGCGAUGCGUCAGAUCUCAAAGAUAGAAUGACCGCAUUACGCUUCACCCUGAAUAACAACUCUGCAAUGGCUGGCCUGAAAGCUAAGCGAUAUAGGGACGCUGAAAAAUGGGCCUCUGAUGCAAUUGCCAGAUUUCCAGCGGACGUCAAAUCCGCCGAUAAGGCAAAAGCAUACUCGCGACGAGGACAAGCAAGAGCUGGAAUCAAAGACUACGAGGAAGCAAUUGAAGAUUACCAAGAAGCUUUGAAGUUCGCUCCGGAGGAAGCUUAUAUCAAGACGCAUUUGUCCCAAGCCAAGAAGGCCAUCGCUGACAGUGACAAGAAGAUGCGGUCGAACGUCUCGAAGAUGUUUCAGAGUGAAUAA